CGUACUGUGAGGUCGAGAGUACGAUACUCGUGGCACCAACGCAGCAACUCGUCGCACGGCGAAGAGGAAAAUCCUUUCAACGUUGGCGUCCUCCUUUCAACCGUUCCAGUCGACUGUAGAGGUUGCAUCGCACAAGAUCAGACGGGAGCCAUGGACCAGGUUAUGACGUUUAUCGAUCCCUUCAAGCAACUAUCGAAGGAUUCUAUCCGACUGAUCAAAAGGUGCACAAAGCCCGAUCGCAAAGAGUUCCAGAAGAUUGCAAUGGCCACAGCCAUUGGCUUUGCCAUCAUGGGAUUCAUCGGUUUCUUCGUGAAGCUAAUACACAUCCCCAUCAACAACAUCAUUGUUGGUUCCUAAGCAUCAUGAGUGGCCACAUCGACGAGACUUGUAUAUUAUUGCACCGAAGCCUCCUGGAAUAAAUGUACUCUUUUUACCUCC